AUGUCAUUACAAUAUUUCAAAAAUACAUCAUUUAUUGAUGUCUUAGAGCUAUUAAAACUCGUUAAAAUUCCUGAAUUACACAAUCUCCCAAACAAAAAUGGAGAGCAAGGUUUGUGUGGUUCAGACAAUGAGAGUUUCGAUUCUGCAGAACACGAUAAUUUCAGCAUCACUAUUGAUAAAGUUGAAACCCAUCCUAAUAAAAAUAAAGCAGAAUAUGAUCCUUUCUUGGUGACAUGGAGGGGACCAAAUGAUCCCGAGUUCCCAAUGAAUUGGCCCUCAACAAGAAAAACGCUGACGGUUAUUCAAGUCAUGUUACUUACAUGUGUAAAUUAUAUGGGUUCUUCAAUUUAUACCCCAGGUGAAAAUCAAAUUAGAGAUGAAUUUAAGAUAGGUCACGUUACUGCUACUUUAAAUCUUUCUCUGUAUAUUUUAGGUUACGGUAUUGGUCCAUUGCUUUUCUCACCGUUAUCUGAAUUAUCAAAAAUUGGACGUUUACCAAUUUAUACCAUUACAUUUAUAAUGUUCUUCGUUUUUAAUAUUGGGAUUGCUACUGUUCACAAUAUUGGUGGAAUGAUUGUUAUGAGAUUUAUAACCGGUAUCUUAUGUUCACCACCAUUAAGUACAGGUGGUGCAACCAUUGGUGAUAUAAUUGCCCCGGAAAAGAUUCAUCUAUAUAUCGGUAUUUGGUCUGUUGGAACAAUGGUAGCACCAAUUAUUGGGCCAUUACUAGGUGCAUCUAUGGUUGUUGCUAAAGGAUGGCGUUGGAUAUUCUGGCUUUUAGUGUUCUUAUCUGCCUUCACUUUUGUCUUCACAUUCUUCUUCUUCCAGGAAACUUCACAUAAAGCUAUCCUUUCAAGAAGAGCACGUAGAAUUAGAAAACAAACCGGGGAUGAUAGAUAUUAUUCUAUUCAUGACAGAGAAGAUGAACAAGUAAAAACUAAAACAAUUGUAAAAAACACCUUAGUUAGACCCUUUGAAAUGAUUGCCAAAGAACCGAUUAUUUUAGCAUUUGAUCUAUAUUCAGGUCUUGCGUACGGUGCCUUUUAUUUAUUUUUCGAGUCAUUUCCUAUCGUCUUUGUUAACGUUUAUCAUUUUACAUUAAUCGAACUUGGUUUAUCUUACUUAGGUUUCUGCGUUGGUUGUUUUCUGGCAUUUGUACUGUUAGGUGUCUUCCAAAUGAAAUACCUAAAACAAAAAUUCGAAGAUAAGACCUUUGUGCCUGAAGAUUUGUUGGUUGUCUUAUUAUUAGUAUUUUGGGCCUUUCCGGCUUCCUUAUUCUUAUUCGGAUGGGCAGCAAGUACCCAUUGGAUUGUUCCUAUUAUCGCUCAAGUCUUAUUUGUUAUUUGUUGUUGGAAUUUAUUCCAAGUUACUUAUGCAUAUUUGGCCCUAAGUUUCCCAAAUUAUGUCGCGUCUGUCUUUGCAGGUAAUGGUCUAUUCAGAGCAGGGUUUGCUUGUUCUUUUCCAUUAUUUGGUAGAGCAAUGUACAACAACUUGGCCAUUGAUAGCUACCCAGUGGGGUGGGGGUCUACCAUUGUUGGAUUUGUAGCUUUAGCAUUAUCUGUGGUCCCAUUCGUUUUGCAUAAGUACGGCCACAUUCUACGUGCUAAGUCAAGAUUUGCUUAA